UGUCAGCAUAAACCACAAAAUAUAUCUUUCAACUCUGUUUUUUUCACCAAAAUAACAUUCUAAUAAGAGCCCCCUAUUUCUAAUUUUGAGAGCGCCCUGGGCGCUUAUUACGUCGAAUACAGUAUGACCGUUAAUGCUUAGUUGAACAGGACCCUGUUGGCUAACUAGAAACAUUGUUUGUAAAUGUAUAAAUGCAAUGGUGAAUGGUAUUAUUUGUUCAGGGUGGACUAGCCCUCUGAUUCCAGCCUAGGAUCAGAUUAGAGUAUUGCCUAGUGUAGACAUACUGUACUCAUACUCACUCACGAAACUUCCAAUGUAGAAAUGUUAUUUAAGCUUCAAAAAGACAAGGGAUGGGUGCUCUCCCCUGCAUCCCCCUCUGGAUCCAUGCAUGAACAAUGAGGAACAUAAUGCUUCCCAAAUAGCGCUUCGAAAUGGUUCUCAAGUCAUCUUGCCAGAAACUUCAGGUCCAUCUCCCAGGGUUCCUGGGACUUCAGGUCCAUCUCCCAGGGUUCCUGAGACUUCAGGUCCAUCCCCCAGUGUUCCUGAGACUUCAGAUCCAUCUCCCAGGGUUCCUGAAACUUCAGGUCCAUCUCCCAGGGUUCCUGAGACUUCAGGUCCAUCCCCCAGCGUUCCUGAGACUUCAGGUCCAUCCCCCAGGGUUCCUGGGACUUCAGGUCCAUCUCCCAGGGUUCCUGAGACUUCAGGUCCAUCCCCCAGGGUUCCUGGGACUUCAGGUCCAUCUCCCAGGGUUCCUGAGACUUCAGGUCCAUCCCCCAGGGUUCCUGGGACUUCAGGUCCAUCUCCAAGGGUUCCUGAGACUUCACGUCCAUCCCACAGGGUUCCUGGGACUUCAGGUCCAACUCCAAGGGUUCCUGAGUCUUCAGGUCCAUCCCCCAGGGUUCCUGGGACUUCAGGUCCAUCUCCCAGGGUUCCUGAGACUUCAGGUCCAUCCCCCAGGGUUCCUGGGACUUCAGGUCCAACUCCAAGAGUUCCUGAGACUUCAGGUCCAUUCCCCAGCGUUCCUGAGACUUCAGGUCCAUCUCCCAGGGUUCCUGAGACCUCAGGUCCAUCCCCCAGCGUUCUUGGGACUUCAGGUCCAACUCCAAGGGUUCCUGAGACUUCAAGUCCAUCUCCCAGGAUUCCUGAGACUUCAGGUCCAUCCCCCAGCGUUCCUGGGACUUCAGGUCCAUCCCCCAGGGUUCCUGAAACUUCAGGUCCAUCUCCCAGGGUUCCUGAGACUUCAGGUCCAUCUCCCAGGGUUCCUGAAACUUCAGGUCCAUCUCCCAGGGUUCCUGAGACUUCAGGUCCAUCCCCCAGGGUUCCUGAGACUUCAGGUCCAUCCCCCAGGGUUCCUGAGACUUCAGGUCCAUCCCCCAGGGUUCCUGAGACUUCAGGUCCAUCCCCCAGGGUUCCUGAGACUUCAGGUCCAUCUCCCAGGGUUCCUGAGACUUCAGGUCCAUCCCCCAGGGUUCCUGGGACUUCAGGUCCAUCUCCCAGGGUUCCUGAGACUUCAGGUCCAUCCCCCAGGGUUCCUGGGACUUCAGGUCCAUCUCCCAGGGUUCCUGAGACUUCAGGUCCAUCCCCCAGGGUUCCUGCGACUUCAGGUCCAACUCCAAGGGUUCCUGAGUCUUCAGGUCCAUCCCCCAGGGUUCCUGGGACUUCAGGUCCAUCUCCCAGGGUUCCUGAGACUUCAGGUCCAUCCCCCAGGGUUCCUGGGACUUCAGGUCCAACUCCAAGAGUUCCUGAGACUUCAGGUCCAUCCCCCAGCGUUCCUGGGACUUCAGGUCCAUCCCCCAGGGUUCCUGAAACUUCAGGUCCAUCUCCCAGGGUUCCUGAGACUUCAGGUCCAUCUCCCAGGGUUCCUGAAACUUCAGGUCCAUCUCCCAGGGUUCCUGAGACUUCAGGUCCAUCCCCCAGGGUUCCUGAGACUUCAGGUCCAUCCCCCAGGGUUCCUGAGACUUCAGGUCCAUCCCCCAGGGUUCCUGGGACUUCAGGUCCAUCUCCCAGGGUUCCUGAGACUUCAGGUCCAUCCCCCAGGGUUCCUGGGACUUCAGGUCCAUCUCCCAGGGUUCCUGAGACUUCAGGUCCAUCCCCCAGGGUUCCUGGGACUUCAGGUCCAUCUCCCAGGGUUCCUUAGACUUCAGGUCCAUCCCCCAGGGUUCCUGGGACUUCAGGUCCAACUCCAAGGGUUCCUGAGUCUUCAGGUCCAUCCCCCAGGGUUCCUGGGACUUCAAGUCCAUCUCCCAGGAUUCCUGAGACUUCAGGUCCAUCCCCCAGCGUUCCUGGGACUUCAGGUCCAUCCCCCAGGGUUCCUGAAACUUCAGGUCCAUCUCCCAGGGUUCCUGAGACUUCAGGUCCAUCUCCCAGGGUUCCUGAAACUUCAGGUCCAUCUCCCAGGGUUCCUGAGACUUCAGGUCCAUCCCCCAGGGUUCCUGAGACUUCAGGUCCAUCCCCCAGGGUUCCUGAGACUUCAGGUCCAUCCCCCAGGGUUCCUGAGACUUCAGGUCCAUCCCCCAGGGUUCCUGAGACUUCAGGUCCAUCUCCCAGGGUUCCUGAGACUUCAGGUCCAUCCCCCAGGGUUCCUGGGACUUCAGGUCCAUCUCCCAGGGUUCCUGAGACUUCAGGUCCAUCCCCCAGGGUUCCUGGGACUUCAGGUCCAUCUCCCAGGGUUCCUGAGACUUCAGGUCCAUCCCCCAGGGUUCCUGCGACUUCAGGUCCAACUCCAAGGGUUCCUGAGUCUUCAGGUCCAUCCCCCAGGGUUCCUGGGACUUCAGGUCCAUCUCCCAGGGUUCCUGAGACUUCAGGUCCAUCCCCCAGGGUUCCUGGGACUUCAGGUCCAACUCCAAGAGUUCCUGAGACUUCAGGUCCAUCCCCCAGCGUUCCUGGGACUUCAGGUCCAUCCCCCAGGGUUCCUGAAACUUCAGGUCCAUCUCCCAGGGUUCCUGAGACUUCAGGUCCAUCUCCCAGGGUUCCUGAAACUUCAGGUCCAUCUCCCAGGGUUCCUGAGACUUCAGGUCCAUCCCCCAGGGUUCCUGAGACUUCAGGUCCAUCCCCCAGGGUUCCUGAGACUUCAGGUCCAUCCCCCAGGGUUCCUGGGACUUCAGGUCCAUCUCCCAGGGUUCCUGAGACUUCAGGUCCAUCCCCCAGGGUUCCUGGGACUUCAGGUCCAUCUCCCAGGGUUCCUGAGACUUCAGGUCCAUCCCCCAGGGUUCCUGGGACUUCAGGUCCAUCUCCCAGGGUUCCUUAGACUUCAGGUCCAUCCCCCAGGGUUCCUGGGACUUCAGGUCCAACUCCAAGGGUUCCUGAGUCUUCAGGUCCAUCCCCCAGGGUUCCUGGGACUUCAGGUCUAUCUCCCAGGGUUCCUGAGACUUCAGGUCCAUCCCCCAGGGUUCCUGGGACUUCAGGUCCAACUCCAAGAGUUCCUGAGACUUCAGGUCCAUCCCCCAGCGUUCCUGAGACUUCAGGUCCAUCUCCCAGGGUUCCUGAGACCUCAGGUCCAUCCCCCAGCGUUCUUUGGACUUCAGGUCCAACUCCAAGGGUUCCUGAGACUUCAGGUCCAUCUCCCAGGGUUCCUGAGACUUCAGGUCCAUCCCCCAGCGUUCCUGGGACUUCAGGUCCAUCUCCCAGGGUUCCUGGGACUUCAGGUCCAUCUCCCAGGGUUCCUGGGACUUCAGGUCCAUCUCCAAGGGUUCCUGAGACUUCAGGUCCAUCUCCCAGGGUUCCUGAGACUUCAGGUCCAUCUCCCAGGGUUCCUGGGACUUCAGGUCCAUCUCCCAGGGUUCUUGGUACUUCAGGUCCAUCUGCCUCGGUUCAUGAUACUUCAGGUCCAUCUGCCUUGGUUCCUGGCAACUCUCUAGUAAGUACUAAUCCACACGUUAUCAUGAGAUCCAUGUUUUUGUGCAUAGACGCUCACAUUUGUUAUAUUGAUGAGAUAUUACCUUCCGUCCAAUGUUUACAAACAUAUUUGUGCUUACUGUCACAUAUUCAUUGUAUUUUUGUAAAUAAACUAUAUAUUAUCAUA